GCCAAGUUUUUUCAGCCAAAAAAUAAAAAUAAAACCAGGCGAAGCUGGUGAAGUGGAUUUAUCACGGGUUUCUAGGUACGACUCGUACAGCUGGGAUGACUUGGAUGUGUUUCUAUCACUUCUAUAUUCAUUCGUCUCUUCUAUUGCUGAUCAAUAGCCGAUAUUAUGAGUGACUUACCAAAACUAUGGCUAUUUCUUAUGAAACUUCCUUUCCAUCAUUUUCUUUAAAACUAUCAAGCUGUAUUUAUCUUUACUGAAAAAGAUUUUACUUUUGCGCUCCUACUAUCUGUUCUUCCCUAUAUGUGAGUAUAAAUUAGGUAAAAAUUUCGUUUUUCCCUUGCUGAGAUUGUUGAACGCUUGAUCAGCUGUGCAGUUGUGGAAACAAUUCUAGUUCUUGUGGGGCGUGAACAUCUGAUAAAGUUACCUUUUGUUGUUCAAAGAUUUGAUGGGAAGUUUGAGAGUUAUUUUUCAGGUCUAGGGUUUUUUCUUUUCACCUCCGUUAGCUAAGCUAAUUGAACUAGUGGUUUUUGUUUUGCGUAAAUUAGCAGAUGUAUUGUGUGUAGAAAACUUAAAACAAAAGCUGCUAAUGGCUUAUUUCCCCUGAUUUCUAAUUUGUAGAUUGUUGGGUAAUAUUUGUUCAUAACUAGUUGUAAUUGGUUCUGUGAGCUGAUACUCCGUUUAAAAUAAUUAGAGCUAUAAAGAUUGGAUAAGACACCUUUAAGUGCUCAAUUUGAGGAUUUCUUUUGGUUAGGGAAUCUUCUUGACUUGCUCUGUGCUUUUUCAUCACUUUGUUUUCUUUGUCACUAAGGUAUGCAUAAUUUGUUUGGCUGAAAGUCUGAAACCCAUACUUUUCUUAGGUAUAUCUACUAUCUAGUCUGGAUGAACUAAUCUCAGAAGACAAGCGUACAUAAAGCAAGUAAAUGUCUUUUAGAAGUAUAGCUCGUGAUAUAAGGGAUAGUGUUGGGAGUUUAUCAAGGCGUAGUUUCGAGAUUAGAUUGACUAGUCAACAGAGGGGUGGAAAGUCUCAUGGGGCAGUCCACGAGUUGCAUGACCAACCUGCCAUCAUCACCCAAAGCAGCUGUUGGGCCAGCCUUCCGCUGGAAUUACUUCGCGAUGUAAUCAAAAGGCUUGAGACGCAUGAGAGUACAUGGCCAACCCGCAAGCAUGUUGUUGCCUGUGCUGGGGUUUGCCGGGCAUGGAGAGUAAUGUGCAUGGAAAUUGUUCUUACUCCUGAGUUAUCAGGAAAGCUGACUUUCCCUGUCUCUCUUAAGCAGCCAGGGCAUCGGGAUGGAACCAUUCAGUGCUUCAUUAAGAGAGACAAAUCUAAAUCAACUUACCGCCUUUUCCUUUGUCUUAGCCCAGAUCAAACUUUCUUGGCACCAAAUUCAUAAUCUACGACUCUCAAAAACCACAAUACAAGAAAGUUUACCCCAAAGUCCCUACAGGAAGCCACACCAUUGCACAAGUCACAUACGAAGUGAAUGUGCUCGGCACGAAGGGCCCAAGGAAGAUGCACUGUUUCAUGUACUCCAUCCCUGCUUCAUCUCUUGAGCCCGGUGCCACCGUCCCAGGCCCACUUGAGAGCAGCUCAUUCCGGAGGAGCAUACCCUUUUCAGAAUGUAUUGAUGAUUCAUCUGAGUUCAGCAGUGCCAGGUGGCAUGAGGAAGAAGGGGAUGGAGAUGGUGUGAAGGAAGGAGGGUUUUUGGUGCUUGGGAACAAGCCGCCCAGGUGGCAUGAACAGUUACAGUGCUGGUGCCUGAAUUUUAGGGGAAGGGUAACUGUUGCCUCUGUCAAAAAUUUUCAGCUGAUUGCGGAAACACCGCCGCCAAUUCAGCCGGCCCACCGGUCUGAUCCUGAAAAGAUCAUAUUGCAGUUUGGGAAGGUUGGAGAUGAUAUGUUCACCAUGGAUUAUAGAUAUCCUUUGUCUGCCUUUCAGGCAUUCGCUAUCUGUUUGAGCAGCUUUGACACCAAACUCGCUUGUGAAUAAAAUACAAAUGCAUUGCCUAAUUGCAUAUAUGUUUUGGUGUUUGCCCUUUUCCAGUUACUUCCAUGAAAUCAUAGUAUUUGCUUGGAUGAAUUCCUGAAUCCUAAUUAGUUAAAUUAUGGAGAUUUUUUUCUUCCAAUAAUGUAGGUUCAAUAAUGUCACCAAAAUAUCACAAGUUUGUUUGC